GUAUGGUUUACUUUAAAUUUUCAGACAACUGUUUCUCUCUCUAUCUCUCUCUCUCUCUCUCUCUGGAUUCCAUUGUUUUUCUAUUCCCUCUAGGCUCUAGCAGCUCCAUCCAUGGCAGGUUUGGACUUAGGUUCGGCAUCCCACUUCGUUUCGCAGCUCCACCGGCCGGAGCUCCACCGCCAGAGGCUGCCGGAGGCGGCGGAGGACGAAUCCAACAGGAACCAAUUCUCCGGCGGCGGCGGCGGAGAUAACGCGGAGAACUCGCACCACGGCCUCGACCUGAUAAAUUCCGGCAACAGCCCCGGCGGCGGCGAUGGGUCGGGGCGGCGGCCUCGCGGCCGGCCGCCGGGGUCGAAGAACAAGCCGAAGCCGCCGGUGAUCAUCACGCGCGAGAGUGCCAACACGCUCCGGGCCCACAUCCUGGAGGUCAGCGGCGGCUCCGACGUGUUCGAGGCGGUGGCGACGUACGCGCGGCGGCGGCAGCGGGGGAUUUGCAUCCUCUCCGGCGCCGGCACCGUCAACAACGUUAAUCUCCGACAGCCGUCGGCGGCGGGGAGCGUCGUCGCCCUCCACGGCCGGUUCGAGAUCCUGUCCCUCUCCGGCUCCUUCCUCCCCCCGCCAGCUCCGCCGGGCGCCACCAGCCUCACCGUCUACCUCGCCGGCGGCCAGGGUCAGGUCGUCGGCGGGAAUGUCAUCGGAGCCCUAAUCGCCUCCGGUCCGGUGAUAAUCAUCGCCUCGUCGUUCACCAACGUCGCCUACGAGCGGCUGCCGCUCGACGACGACGACGGCGGCCUCCAGAUGCAGCCGCCGCCGGCGCAGCCACCUGGCGGCGGCGGCGACGCCGAAGGAGCGGAGGGAGGGCAAUUUCCCGAUCCAUCUUUAGGGCUUCCAUUUUUCAACUUACCGUUAAAUAUGCCUAACGGUCAUAUCCCAAUGGAAGGCGGCGGCGGAGCAUGGGCGGCGGGGAACUCCGGUGGCGGCGGCGGCGGCGGACGGCCGCCGUACUGAUUAGCCCUAAUCAAGGUCAGAUUAUUGCAUCUUCUUCAAAAGAAAAAAAAAAAAAAAAACUUUUUUCUGUUGUAAUUAACUUUAGGGUAUUGUGAGUUUUUAAUUCUUGUUCUUAUUUUAAUUUUUAUUUUCUCUGAUUGUGAUUAAAAAGAAAGAACACUUUGGUUUUGUGAUGUGAAAUUAACUUCU